CAUACGAGUCGCCUUCUUGGGGAACCGCUCUCCCUAUACGUCGGUGCAGUGACGUACCUAUCACUGGGUCGUUACACGUAUAGAGAUAAAGAAAAAUUUUUGGUGACAGCGGUGGGAUUGUUCGAGUGGUAAUGAGAAAAUCGUAUCUCUGCGGACAUUAAUGGUCAAGCCUAGAAUAAAAUAAAGACAGAUAAACAAAAUAAAAAAAGAAAAAAAAAAAAAUAUAUAGCAGGGUAGAUAUAGAGAGUUGUACAUAUAUACAUAUACUAUAUUAAUAAGCAAACAUCAAGAUGCCCAACGGAACAGCCGAUAUACCAGCCGGCACAUCAGCCAGCGGAUCAACCGAAGGAAGCCGACCGAUCAGCAUUCGUGAUGCAGCGGACAUCGUACCAGCAUUCAACGGCCGCAAUAUACCUGUUUAUCAAUUUGCAAAGAGCUGUUUUAAGGCGAAGAAUAUAAUCUCCCCAAAUGCUGAGUACGGAUUGGUGCAGCUGAUCAAGAACAAAUUUUACGGGCAAGCUUCAAGAGUGGUACAAAACGGAGACUACGACACUAUUGAAGAAUUAAUUGCCGUAAUAAAGUCUCGUUUCGCCCCGCUGUUCACUUCAAUGCAGCUAUGUGGCGAUAUGGCAAGGAUGGUACAAGCGCCGACCGAGGCAGUCGUAGACUACGGCAGCCGCGUUUCGGGACUCUUGAUACAUAUCAAGAGUUGCAACGAGAUGGAGUUCCCAGAUCAGGUUGAAAGAUACAACCAAUCCUCGGAAACAAAUACCGUCAGAGCAUUCCUGACAGGUUUAAAACAAGAGGUAUAUAGUCGGAUGAGAAAUCAAAAUUUUGACAGUCUUGAAGAUGCAAUAAGCGCAGCAAUCCUAGCAGAAGCUGAGAGCAUAGAGAACCUAACGAAGGUUAAAUUAUCGCAAGGAUUCAUUACAGCCGAACAAUGCAACAAUUGUUACGGAUAUGGGCACAAUACCAGUGUAUGCUGCAGUCAGAGGUUCCAAAGACAAUCCACGUCGAGGGCCCACUGGCCAGCAAAAUACUGUCAGCACUGCCAAAGGUCCGGGCACACCUUGGAAACCUGCUGGUUUAAAGACCAGCAAGGAAGACCAGGGGUCCCUCAGGAUUUUGCGCAGCCAAAUCAAGCCCACAAGAAUCAACCUAUGCCAAGGCAGAAUCGAAAUUGGACACAAAAUAGAGCGCCAAUUUGCGAAUUUUGCCAAAACAUCGGCCAUACGAUUCAAGAGUGCCGAAAGAAAGCAUAUCAGGAGCGUGUCAAAAGUCAAAGACUCCAGCAAACUCCACAAGUACAACAGGUACGUAAGAAAGCGAACUUAUACCUGAACUUAGGAGAGAUAAAUAAGUCUCCCAGUGUCGAACUAUUAAGCGAAAAUUUCAAAAAUCAAAAGGCAUUAUUCAUGGUCGACACAGGGUCAGACAUUAAUAUAAUUAAGAAACAAGCAAUCUCAAAUAAAAUAACUAUAAAUACAGAUAUAAUUUUUCAAUUAAACGGGAUAACUAAAAGCUCCAUUUACACUACAGGAUACAUCAAAGUAAAAAUACUGGAGACAGAAUCCAUCUUCCACAUUAUUGAAGAAUUACCAAUUGAACAAGACGGAAUUUUGGGCACAGAAUACUUUAAAAGCAGUGGAGCUAGCAUCAAUUACGCUAAAUCUAUAUUGAUCGUAAACAACAAUAUAAUACCGUUCAAACAACCAGCAGUAGUAAUACCAUCCAGGACAAAAACCAUGAUACCCAUAAAGGUGUCAAACACAGAAAUAAAAACCGGUUUUGUCCCAAAACUGCAGCUUCACCCACAACUAUAUAUGGGGAAUGCUGUAGUCACGAACCGGGAUGGCAUAGCAUUUCUAUACGCAAUCAACGUUGGAGCAGAAGAUAUAGAAAUUGAAAUGCCAGCUGUUGAACUGCAACAAUAUGAAGAAGCACCACAAGAUGAAGAUGCAGUCCACCAAGAACCUGAGCGAGCCCAAAAGAUUCUAAAGAUACUACAGACAGACCAUCUCAAUCAAGAAGAAUUUGCCAAUGUAGAGGAUAUAGUAAAAGAGCACACUGACAGAUUUUAUAUAGAUGGAGAUAAACUCCCAGCAACAAAUAAAAUCUACCAUAGAAUCAUCACAACGGAUGAGAUGCCUGUAAACGUUAAGCAAUACAGAUAUCCUCAUGCAUUAAAAGACGAAAUCAAUCAUCAAGUAAAUGAUCUCCUUGAGAAAGGAGUAAUCAAACAUUCAUCGUCACCAUUUAACUCCCCCUUGUGGAUAGUACCUAAGAAACAGGAUUCACAGGGAAACAAAUUGUGGAGAUUGGUGAUUGAUUUCCGAAAGCUAAACGAAAAAACAAUCAGCGAUGCCUAUCCACUACCCAAUAUUACAGACAUUCUGGAUCAAGUGGGAAGCGCAAAAUACUUCUCCGUGUUUGAUUUGAAGUCCAGUUUUCAUCAAACACCAAUGCAUCCAGAAGACAAGCAUAAGACGGCAUUUUCGACGCCAUUUGGGCACUUUGAAUUCAACAGAAUGCCUUUUGGGUUGAAAAAUGCUGCAGCUACGUUCCAACGUCUGAUGAACAACGUCCUAGACGGACUGCAAGGACUGGAACUAUUCGUGUUCAUCGAUGACAUUGUAAUUUAUGCAAGUUCGUUACAAGAACACGAAACCAAAGUCAAUAGGAUGAUGGCAAAGCUCAGAGAAGCAAACUUAUGCUUGCAACCUGACAAAUGCCAAUUUCUGAAGAAAGAAGUAGCGUACCUGGGUCACAUAAUUACAGAAGACGGUGUAAGACCUGACCCAGCAAAGGUUGAAGCAGUCCAGAGGUUCCCCAUUCCUAAGACUGUCAAAAACAUUAGACAAUUUCUGGGAUUGUGCGGAUACUACAGACGUUUUAUUAAAGACUUCUCUAAGAUAGCCAAGCCAUUAUCCGACCUGACGAAGAAAGAACAAAAAUUCGAGUGGUCCAGCCAACAGCAGCAAGCCUUCGAAUUCUUGAGAAACGUACUAUGCGAAGAACCGAUCCUGCAAUAUCCAGACUUUGAGAGACCAUUUAAUAUAACCACUGAUGCAUCCGGAACAGCGGUAGGAGCAGUCCUAAGUCAAGGAGAGAUAGGAAAGGAUCAGCCAGUAGCUUACGCCUCAAGAGUAAUGAAUAAGCCGGAAACGCAAUAUUCCGCAACAGAGAGAGAAUUACUUGCUGUAAUAUUUGCAGUAAAUCACUUCAGACCAUAUAUAUUUGGCAGGAAGUUUUAUCUAAUUACAGAUCACAAACCAUUGAUCUGGCUAAAUAGUCUCACAGAUCCUACAUCGAGACUCAUGCGAUGGAAAUUGAGAUUGAGCGAGUACGAUUAUGAAAUAAAGUACAAACCAGGCAAACAAAAUAUAAACGCUGACGCUCUUUCGAGAAAUCCAAUCGAAGAUAUAAACGCCCUGCAAAUACAUGCUAAGAGGCUGCAUUCGUCUACGUCUGGGUCAAAAAAGAAGCGUAAGAAGAAGAAAGAGUGGCACCAAUAUCCCACUCGCCCCAGACAAACGACGACCACUUCAGAAUCGGGCAAACACAAGAAAAGGAAAGAGUGGCACCAAUAUCCCACUCGCCCAAGACAAACAACAACCACGUCAGAAUCAAGAGAAUUCAAAAAGAAAAAGGAAUCACACCAGUAUCCUACCAGACUCAGACCAACAACUACGACUGAGUCUGAAGAACACAAAAAGAAGAAAGAAUGGCAUCAAUAUCCUAGAAGACCAAGGCCAACAACUUCAUCUAGUUCACGGGAUAUUAAGAAAAGGAAAAUAAGCCAUAAACAUUUAACACGACCACGAGACGAUUCCUCAGAAUUCGAAACAAGAAAAAAAUAUCGGAAAGACAGGAUACGAGAAAGAAGUUUUUCUCAAGAGGACAACGCAACAAAGAAAAGAGUAAAAGAGGAUUAUACAAGCUCAGAUGAAUCUCAAUAUUAUGAGACAGAUGUAUCUGAAGAGCCACCAAAACCAAGAAAAAGAACAAAUUUAAAUCCAAAAAUAUAUUCCUCUGAAGAAAUCAAAAAGAAAAGAAGACCUAAUGAACAGCAAGUCAUUGUAGAAGUACAUCAACCACCACAGGAUCGAAAAUAUAUCAUUCCACAGAAAAGACCUAUAAAUAGGGAACCAGUAAUAAUUGGAGAUGAAAUAGAAGAAUACAACGAAGAAACAAUUAUACCGAAACACAUUUUCAGAGAACCACCUAAAAUCGAUUCUUCUUCAAGCACAAGAGGAAGAUCUCCAGUACUAAAAAGAAAAAUAGAUAAAGAGACUUCAAGCGAUACUCUAUCAGCUCCGAUUACACCCAUCAAAAUUAAAAAAGAAAAAAAUCAACCACCAAAAAUUAAACAAAUAAAACCCAAAAUAAUCAGCAAUAAACCAAUUAUAUUAAAAAUAGAAGAAACCGAAGACCAUCUAUGGAUGAAAAAAGGCACAGCAAUAAUAUUUCUUAACAAAGAAGGACAACCAGAAGAUAUACAAUCAAGACAAUUUAUGGAAAAUGAAAAGAUUAAAAUUUUUAAACCACAAAGUAACAUCAUGCAAUAUAAAAUCAAAAAUAGAUUAAUUUUUGGAAUGAUAGUAGAAUCUAGAGAAACAUUACCACAGAAAAUUACUGUAUAUAGUAUAUGCAUUACUGUAUAUAUAUUCCAUCCUUCUUCUACUAACCGAUGUCACUGCUCAGUCGAGCGUGAAAUUUAUUACCCUAAACAUGGGCUUCGCGUUUUCAUGGACCUCUCACUCGUUUCUCGUACCUCUCACUUUGCGGGCGACUUCAAACAAAGAAGAGGGGAUAGCGACUUGCUUAUUUCGAAGCAGAGACCACUUGCUUAUUUCGAAGCAUUACUGUAUAUAGUUAUUAUAUUACAUGAUUCUGAAUAGAUGUAAAUGUUGAUGAAAGUUUAAAAAAUAGCCGGCGCACGUAUUUCCUACGUAUUACUUUUGUAUUUUUAAGAAAAGUUUUCUAUCUAGCGCGAAUUCUCUAUACAGUACCGAAUUCUGUAGACAUUUCCGAAGAAGAAACUAUAUGGGGUAAGUAUUGGAGCAGUAUGCACUUCGAGUAAAUCGAAAAAAUAUCUGCCGGUGACGCGUGUAUCUGCCAGGCGGCCAUAGCUCGCUCUCUUCACCUAGUCAGUGCCGUAGCUACGCGUAAUCAACACUAAUGGUGGGGUUUAAUAUACAUUUACAUUUUAUUAUAUCUAUAAUGUUUGAUUUUUUUGUU